AUGGAAGGUCCUUUAUCGAAAUGGACGAAUAUGGUGCAUGGCUGGCAGUAUAGAUGGUUUCGCUUGGAAGAAGAUGCUUUGCUCUACUACACAUCCAGAGAGAAAAUGCUCAAAGGACAGCAACGAGGUUGCAUGCGCCUUCAUGGUGCCGUCGUAGGUAUUGACGGUGAAAACAACAGCCUAUUCACAGUUACCGUUGAUGGCAAAGUUUUUCACCUUCAGGGUCGUGAUGAAAAGGAACGAAAUCAUUGGGUACGAGCACUGGAGAGUGUUAUUCGAGAUUGUGGAGGAUACAGGAAAACGCCGAAAAACAAGGAAAGCGCUUCGGAAGCGCUAAAACAUAAGAUAGUUGAAGCCGACCAGCAUUUGUCGGAUAUUAUCCUACAGGUUCGUGGAUUGGAAUCGCUCAGAGAACAUGCAUCAGAGAAAGAGCGAAAAAAUGUGGAUGAACUCAUUACGUCCAGUAACAAAUUGAUGGACACAGUGAAACAUGCGAUUAUCCUUUUGCAGAUGGCACGGAAUAAGAUCGAAGUUCCGGAUGACGUUCGCAAAGAAGACAAGGAGAAUGUGAAUCACGGCUCAGAUGGCGGUGGAGAUGUGCCGGUGAAGGCUUCUGACGCUGAUAACGAUCGAUACGCGUCGACGUCAAAACCAACAACGGCAGCAUCGGAAGUAGCGCAAAAAAGCAAAGUUCCACCGCAGUACGUCCCGCCAAUCUCGUACUCCAGAUCAUCGUCGCCGAAGAGGAGUGUUCUCAGUGACGAAGAAGAGUUUUAUGACGCUGAUGAGGAGCUGAUCGAUCUGGAUAAGACAGAAGUAACAAUUCCGGAUGGUCCGAUGAGGGAUAUGUCGUAUGAAGAGGCGGAGAGCUUCGAUUUCGGUGAUGCUCACGAGGAUUUCGAUGCAAUUUACGAUAAUGCAGAGGAGCAUGAUGUUGGAAACGUACAACAAGAACAUGGAUCUGUACUUGUACAUCUUCUAAGCCAGGUCAGCAUUGGCAUGGAUUUGACAAAAGUCACCCUGCCCACGUUUAUUCUUGAACGUCGAUCAUUGUUAGAAAUGUAUGCAGAUUUCUUUGCACAUCCAGAUGCAUUUGUAAUUACAGUUGAUCUGGAGUCACCACAGGAAAGAUUUGUAUCUGUGGUAAAAUACUAUCUGAACGCUUUUUAUGCGGCCAGAAAAAGUGGCGUGGCAAAGAAACCGUACAAUCCCAUACUUGGAGAAACAUUCCGUUGCCGUUACAAUGUGCCUGGUUUACCGCCAAGCGGCAAGAAAACUGAUAGUGGUCCCUUUCCUGGUUCUGAUGAGAACCAACUCACAUUUAUUGCUGAGCAGGUUAGUCACCAUCCGCCAGUUUCUGCGUUCUAUGCGGAGCACCCUUCAAAACAUAUAUCUUUCCAUGCUCACAUCUAUACAAAAUCGUCAUUCUUAGGACUAUCGAUCGGAGUUGCAAAUAUUGGCUGUGGUACGGUAAUACUUCACGAUUAUAAUGAACAAUAUACGGUAACGUUUCCAAGCGGGUAUGGACGUUCCAUCAUGAGCACACCGUGGGUGGAAUUAGGUGGAAAAGUGAAAAUCACGUGUGAAAAAACGGGAUAUUAUGCGGAUAUAGAUUUUUUGACGAAACCUUUCUUUGGAGGCAAACCACAUAGGAUCCAAGGGAAUUUAUAUAGAGAAGGCAACAAAAAACCGUUUAUGACCGUACGUGGUGAAUGGAAUAGCAUCAUAAUGGCGAAGCCAGCAUAUGGCGAUGAAUACUUGUUUAUUGAUGUUCGGGCACAGCCAGAAAUGAAAAAAGAAUGUGUGCCAGUCAUGCAGCAGAGCGAACGAGAAAGCCGACGGUUAUGGCGACAUGUAACAGCUGCACUUCUUCGGAAUCGGAUCAAUAUCGCGACGACUGCGAAGCGAAUGAUCGAACAGCGCCAAAGAGCAGAAGCCAAGCAACGUCUCGAGAGCGGUGAACGUUGGAGGACACGGUUCUUCUCUCUAGCUCCCGAUGAGAGGUGGCUGUACAAUGAGCCGUUGGAGAACAGAAUUUGA